AUGUGGAAUACUUUCCCUGCAGUGCCUUCUAUUAAUGAUGAAAAGAACCUAAGCAAUCAUUCUCAAGAACUACAUGCAAAAAAUGGUCAUGGAGAGAGCCAUGGUGCUGGUGCCUCUAGAAUCAAUGAGGUUGACUCGAGCAUCUUGAUCGGCAACAAGAAAGCUCGUGAAGAGAGCCUUGGUGGUGGUCGGGAUGGUCCACAACCAAAGAAAAGGUCCCUACACAGGCUCACCAGCCAGCAGUUAGAGAUACUUGAGGGAUGCACUACUGAUCCAGGGCAACUCCAGAUUCUCAAAGAACUGGAACGGCUGAAAGUGCAUAAUCAGGUGCUGCAGCAAGAGUUGCAGAUACGUAUCAACAAUGAAACCUCUAUGAGGACUUCACCUACCCGCUUAUUCCAUCUUGAGUCCUCGUCAGAAAAUGUCUUUGUUGUGCAAGAUGACGUACAAGCGCUUACUGAAGUAGCCAACAGUGCGACGCAUGAGCUUCUCAUUUUGGGCGACUCCGAUUGCCCUCUGUGGAUGGCUGUACCUGGUGGUUCAUUCGAAGUACUGAACAAGAUGGCCUACACCCAGACAUUUCCUGGGCAAAUCAGUGUCGGUGCCAUUGGAUUCAAGACAGAAGCUACCCGUGCCAACGCUGUGGUCAUGCUGGGCUCCAAAAGUCUUGUGGAAUAUCUAAUGGAUGCUGAGAGAUAUGGCACCUUCUUCCUUGGACUCAUGUCCGGUGCAACGACUACCAAGGUGUACAACUGGCCUAAGAAUAGCGAGGAAGGCUACGAAGGAGCUAUGCAGCUGCUGACUGUCGAGCUGGUGUUCCCAUCGCCCCUGGUGCCGGCUAGGAAAUGCACCUUCUUGCGCUACUGCAAGAGGCUGGAACAUGGAGCCAUUGCUGUCGUCGACGUUUCUUUGGACGGCGGUGCCAAGUGCCGCAAGAUGCCAUCAGGAAUACUGAUUCAGCCCAUGAGGCACAACAGCUGCAAGGUCACCGUCAUCGAGCACGUUCGAGUAGAUGGUGGUACUCAUAACCUCUUCCAGCCAAGCCUGAGCGGUCUCCUCUUCGGCGCCAGGCGCUGGGUGAUGAGCAUGGCGCGACAGUGCGCUCGACUCAGGGACGUAUUCCAUGUCACCAACUGUGCCCUGAACGUUACUGCAAGGGGGAGGAAGGCCGUCAUGAAGUUGGCAGACAAUCUGCUCGCCGACUACACCAGCAGCAUCUCCGGCCUCCCUGUGGAUGCCUGGAGCGUCCAGUGCGGCGAAGGCACGGAGGAGGACGUCAGGAUUGUGUACAGAAGGAACGACGACACCAGCAACACCGCGGUCGUGUGCGCGAGCGCGACGUUCCUGCUGGAGCUGCCCAUGAGGAGGGUGUUCGACCUGCUUAAGAAUAACUUGCUGCGUAUCAAGUGGGAUGUCCUGGUGAAUGGAGGCUGCGUGAAGGAGGAAGUUCGUGUCGCCAAUGGCGUCGGAAGUGAAGAUGCUGUCUCCAUCCUGCAUGUCAAGCAUGGCAGCGGCACAAACAAGGAAAUCAUGAUGAUCCUCCAGAACAGCUGCUACGACGCAUCUGGGUCAUUCAUGGUCUACUCCUCUCUGGACAAAAACGUGAUGGAGAUGAUCACGAGCCCGGGAGGCGAACAUGCGAUAAACAACAUUUCCCUCUUUCCCGCCGGCUUCUCCCUUGUUCCCCUCCCUGACCCUGCGAACUUAGGCGCCCCAAUGGGAGAGGCUGGAAGAACUAUGAUGACUGCAGGGUUCCAGAUUCUGAUGAAGCUGGCCCGUGGGACUGGCCUGUGCCCUCGGUCAGUGUCGUCAGCGAUCAAGAUCAUGUCAGAAAACAUUGCGACUAUCAAAGAUACGCUGUUGAACAGCCACCCUGUUUUCUACAAGAGGUUCCCGUCUACCAACUAG